UUUUUUUUUUUUUUUUUUUUGUUUGUUUUCUUUUAUAAAUUUUAUUUUUUUGUAUACAUUCUAUUAAUAUGGUUCCAUUGACUACAACAGCAACACUAAAAGUAAAUCCACGCAAAUCAAGCAUUGAAUUGAAAAUGACGCCCACAACGAUACGUAAAGGUUCUCUAUCCUCUUCAGAGACUACACAUCAUAACUCAGUCCUCAAAAUGAAAAAUACGACGAAAAAGAAGGGAUCUUCUAAUUCAUCAGAGAUCAUUGAGAAAAGUCAAAAGAAUGAUAUAAAAAAGAAGAAGAAGGAGGAGGAGGAGGAGAUUGCAGAUUCCUCCCCUUCUUCUCCUACAACUGCAAUUACACAAAACCCACUCCAUUCAAGACCCUCAGUUAGUAGUUAUGUUACUCGUAGAACCCUUAUGGCAUCUCCACCUCCACCUGUUUCUGCUAAAACUGAUUUUAGUAGUCAUGUGAAGUCUAAGAUUGGUUCAUUUGAAAACAUAAAUUAUAAGCCAACAGGUGGUACGAGAAAAAAGAUCUUUGAUGAGAGAGUGACGAUUCUCAAACAACGUAUUGAAACAAAGGCAACAUCAAAAGUUGGGUCAAUGGAGAAUGUGAAACAUAAAUCAGGAGGUGGACAAGUAAUGAUUUUCGAUGACAAAGCAGCGUUUAUUAAAUCCAAACAGAUUUGUUCAAAGGUGGGUUCAAAGGACAAUAUAAGACAUAAGCCAGGAGGAGGAGAAGUGAAGAUAUAUGAUGAUAAAGCGUCCUUUAUUAAAUCAAAGGAGAUCAAAUCGAAGGUUAGAUCAUUAGAUAAUGUUAAACAUAAGCCUAGAGGAGGUGAUAUCAUGAUUUAUAAUGAAAAGCUAAAAUUCAAGGAAACUUCAAGUCCUCGUAUAGAUGCUGGUAGUAGUACUCGUACUUUUAAAAAGAAAAUACGCAAUAAUAGAACAGAUACUAGUAGUACAAAUGAUGAUAAUACAAAUAUGAUUUCCCCUAUUUCUAUGAAAGAAACAAAUGCAUCUACUUCAAAGACCUCGAGUGAUGAAGAUAUUCACCAUUUGAAAGAUACUUUAGUAUUAGCUUCUCCUACAAGUUCUAUUUCCCAAGUUCUAUGA